AUGACCGAUCUAACGCCCACACUCAAUGGCCUGCUCUCCAAACAAGGCAAAUCCAUAACAAAGCCCACCAAAACCGCAGACGAGUUCCUAAAAGAAGCAUACCGAAUCAACUCCCACAUCACAUCCCUCCUUCAAUACCUCCAAUCAAUCCGACACUCCUACCUCUCAACCAGCCAACGCCGCAACAAUGGCCCAAACACCCAACCCCAAUCUCAAUCUCAGAUCCUCACAGACCCAGAAAGAGACGCAGUCGACACCUCGACUGCCCUCCUCCUCCGCGACCUAGCAACCUCCAUCGCAAACCUCUCCUCUGCCGAAUCUCUCCGCCAAGAAACAACCUCGACCCUGCUCCGCAAAAAGUACGGCCAUUCAGCAGCCUCCGCUGCUUUAUGGCGCUGGGCCGGCGACAGCGAGACUAAGUCCACUGAACAGCUGCGCGCAGAGGAAUCCGCCCGCGUGACCACCUCCAUCCGCGAAGCGGUACUAUGGUACCUAAGGCGUGGGCUGGAAGGAGCAGCCGGUGCGCAGCGCGGGAUGGUCGAGAAGCGAAUUGAGAGGGUACGCGAGAAGGAGAAGAGUGUCCUGUAUAAGGUUUCUGGUGCAGCGGGGAGGAAGGGAUCUAUAUCAACGGGGCAUGCAGGUGGGAAUGGGUCUACGCCUGUAUCUGCAUCUGCAUCUGCAUCUGCAACUGCAACUACAUCUUCGACGAUGUCUAUGAAAGCGCCCGACGCAGCGGUCCUCAGUGAAGCCGAUACGGCGCAGAUUGAAGCGCAACUUUCGCCAGAACAGUUGCAGCUCUUUGCCGAGGAGAAUGAUUCCAUGCUUAGGCAUUAUGAGGAUACGCUUGGGAAAGUGCAGUAUGUCUUUUUUUGGUUUCUGUUUUUCGAUACUGCGGAUGGUCAUGCUAAUUGGAUUGCUAGGAAUGCCGAGAAGUCACUUCUGGAGAUAUCGUCACUGCAGGAAACUCUUGUGACGCAUCUUGCUACGCAGGAGGAGUAUAUCUUCCAACUGGUUUCGGAUGUUGACACGACGCAGACGAAUGUCGGGCAGGGAAAUCGGGAGCUAAAGAGGGCUACUGAGCGGAGGAGUACGGCGCAGGCUGUCUUCUGGGGCACCGUUGGGCUGUGCACUUGGCUUGUGGUUUGGGAUUUGGUCUUCUAG